CUUUGCUCGUUUCCAUAGCAACGGUACACAAACAGAUUCAAUUUAACUUCUCAAGUGUAGAAACAGCAAAAUUAUGUCGUACAGAGAUCUAAGGAAUUUCAGUGAAGCUAUGCGAGAUUUGGGAUUUCCUCAUCAUAUAUCGCUUGAGAGCUUCCGAACUCCAAACUGGGAGCUCUUGGAGGUGUGCUUGCGCUGGUUGGCGGCCAGGGUUGAGCCGGAUGCUGUAUUAGCUGGUGGCCGAGAGACGCUGGAGCAGCGUGUAGCCCUGGUGAUACAUGCCAUAGAACUCUUUCAUUCGAGAGCUAAUCUAAAGCUGAAUGGCAAGAAGUUGUACGGCGCUGAUGGAUGGGCGGUGCGGGAGAUGCUCAAGGUGGCCGCGAUGUUGCGAGCGGCGCUGCACUCCAGCCCCGACGACAGUCGCGACGCGCUGAGCCCGCUCGUGUACGACAUCAGCCAGAGGGUGGGAGAGAUCAGACAAGCUCGAGCCCUAGCCACCGAUAUCACUGGCCAGGGCGCCUUGCUCUAUGACUUGCUCGCCAGAGAGCCCGAGAACAGGGAGAUACGCGAUCGUGCGCUGUCUCGCCCACUCGACAUGCGUGCGAUAGAGACGGCGCUAACGAGAGCCGUGACGAGCGUCGGCGAGCGCGUGGCCGUCGUGAGCGAGCAGAUCGACAGCGUGGCCGCCAGCGAGAGCGCGCUCGACGCCAAGCUGGAGCGGCGUCGCGCCGACCUGCAGCGGGCCGAGAAGAGGCUGCUCACCGUGCAGAAGAUCAAGCCCGCGUACCAGGGCGAGCUGACGUCGCUGGAGGAGCAGAUAGAGGAGCUGUGGGAGCAGUACGAGCUGCGGUACCGCUGCGUGGAGGCGCUCAAACACCAGCUCAGUCUGCUGGAGAAGGCGCAGAGUGAGGCUGCGGAGGAGCAGCAGGCUGCCGUCAUGCAGCUGAUACACAAGUACGAAGCUGAGGACUUGCUGCCCGGGAAACUGGACCACUCGGAUGAGCUGGACUCGAGUGACGAUAGUAGGGAAGUGACAAGGAAACAGUCACGCGAGGUGGCGCGCCCGGCCACCAGGCUGAGGAUCAAGACUGCAGGAGUAUCGGGCUCGGAGUCCCGGGCUGGCUUCCUGGCCGGCCGGGACUCGCUCGAUGACAUCCGGGACGAGGACGACUCGCAAUCCGACUCCGACUUCUCUGACACGGAGCUGUUCGCAGGCGGCGCCGCCGAGGGCCGUGCGGCGCGCUGGUCGCGGCGGCCUCACACCCGCACCCUGGCCGCCUCGCUGCCGCAUCACGACCAGGCGCCAGAUCGCAAGACAGGUCGGGAGCAGGGUGAUGAUGAUGACGAGGAGCAGUCGCUAGCCAGCUCCGCGGAGAGCGAGCUGCGGAUGAACAGCAUCAGGGCUGGCAGCGACAACGAGUUCUAGCGGCAACAUGAGGAAAGCGGGCGUGGAAGACCACUCUCACUCAUAGACAUGACGGCGUAAUAACUGGGUUAAAUAAAUAAGAAUGACAUUUAAAUAUUAUAAUUUAUUACAUUUUCAAGUGAAGCAUCACGACUACAGUUAGGUCGCAUUGUAAAUAUAUUUACAAGAUAUUUCGUUGUGAAUUGAUAUGUAGUUGAGUUGGUAUUGUAGAUUAUUUAUUGAUAAAUUUAUUGUAAAAUAAAAGUUUUUUAAUUUA